AUUUCCGGUAGGGGAAACGGGGACUUGUAAGUUUAGGUAUCGCAUUUUCUCUCUCUUUCCCUAUCUUUGCGAGACAAAUUCAUCACCAUCCAAAGGGAUUUGAUUUUUCCCCGUUUGGCUUCUUCCUCGUUUGCCUUUUCCUCUCUCUCUCUCAAUGAAGGAUGAAGUCGAAAGCUUCCUCUUACGCCGCAUUCUAGCAGAUGGAAAGCAGGGAUGAAUCCAAGAAGGAUUAUUACAAGGUCUUGGAGGUUGACUAUGAUGCAACAGAAGAGAAAAUUAGACUAAAUUAUCGAAGACUUGCUCUGAAGUGGCAUCCAGACAAACAUAACGGUGACAGUACUGUCACGGCAAAGUUCCAAGAGAUUAAUGAAGCUUACAAAGUAUUGAGCGAUCCAGUUAAGCGACUUGAUUAUGAUCUAACUGGUAACUAUGAGAUUGAUAAAUACACUCUGCGGGAAUAUCUUACCAGAUUCAAAGGAAUGAUACUGACCUGCAAUGGCCUCGGAAUUAGUCAUGCUUCAAUAUGGACACAGCAACUGAUGGAAGCUAAUGAAUACCUGGAUCAAUGAAUUUUAUGGAGGACCAAGCAUUAGUAAUUAAGCGGUUAUCAGCUUGCGUGUAAACCAGGGGUCCAGGGCAGCAGACUUUGCAAAUGACUGUCUUUUGAAGGUAUUAACAAGCUUUCAGACCUCAAGAUGGAAAAAGAUAGAAUUUAAGUAUGGCACUUAAAGAGGUCAUGGUGCAGCCAUGUCAUGUUUGUGCCCCUGUUUGCUGACCAUCUCGACAAAAAGCUCAAUGGAAACUGUAAGAUCUGUGGAUAUCUUGUAUUUUUAAGUUUAACUGAUUACUUUUUAGGUUGCGGUUUUUGCUCUCUGGUUUUCUAAACAUUUUGUUCACUCAAAACUCCAUAAUUUUUAUUUUUAUUUCUUA